UUGGAGCUACGAUGUGAUUCGUUGUUUUAAUUUAUCUUCUAUUUAUUGCUUUUUUUUAUUUAAAGCUGUUUUUGAGGUUUGUACAAUAUGUGAAAAAGACGUAUUUUUAAGGGUGUAAACCUUUCUAAACAAUCCUUUUAUAAUUUUCAUACAACACUGAAAACGUUUUGACUGUAAUUGACAUUUUUGUAAAAGCGAUUUUGGAAGAAUUUUGCGAAAAAAGGUUUUUUAUUUUAUUAAAUAAUAUAAUCCGUGUGUAUUCUUGUCACUAUUUUAUUCAAUAAAUAAUUUAUGCACAUUCCUUUUGAUUUUAUUUGUAUCCGAUCAAUAAUCUAUAAGUGACAUGAGAUACCGGGGAAAAACAUAAAGUCAACGACCUCUAUAAAUGGAUAAUCUAGACUUGGUAUUUUGUACUUUUUAGAUUUUUUCAAUUUCGCCUUACAUACAGCACUGUAUCGGUUGUUGUUGAGGAUUCAAAAUAACAGAGAUAGAAUGGACUGUCAGUAACAUCAACAGAAGUGUUUAAAUUCAAUUCGAUGCAUUUGUUAUUACCAAGCAAUGACCAAUUCAUUUAUACAGAUCAGUGGUUACAGCAUACAAUGAUUUUUUGUCACGCUGACAGUAUCGGUAUUAGGGGGAAUUAUGGAACCGAUUGGGUUUACUUUACGGAUAUGCAUGGGAAUCCACAUUACGUCAGUCUGACCGCAUCAGUUGAUGAUGUUGUCAUGCCUGUUCAGUCUACUGCAGAUGUUUGCAGUUUUUGGUUAUAUACAAGGAGGAAUCCUAAAAACUACCAGUUAUUAUCAUUGAACAAUGUAACGAAUUCAGACUUUAUGGCCAAUAAGCCUCUGAUCCUGGUGACACACGGCUGGCUAGUGGACGGCUCCGGUCCCGCCACUCAACUGAUAAAGGACGCAUAUUUAGAUACACAUGACGUCAAUGUGAUCGUGGUCGACUGGAGACAAAUAGCACAUAUUAGUUACCUUUCUGCUGCGUAUAAAACAGCAGAUAUUGGCCGUCAGAUCAGUGAUUUGCUAAUCGCCAUAGCGAAGCAUUACGCAUUCGACAUGUCUCGUGUGCAUUUAAUUGGACACAGUUUAGGAGCACACGUGAUGGGGUCUGCAGGUUUUCAGCUUAAAACUAACGGUUAUGUAGCAGGAAGAUUAACCGCAUUAGAUGCGUCGCGGCCAUUUUUUGAAGUUCCACAUUUAUUAGAAGGAUUUUCCGCAAACGAUGCAGCGUUUGUUGAUGUGAUACAUACAAAUGUAGAUUUUCUGGGUAUUACUAAUCCAAGAGGACACGCAGAUUUCUAUCCGAAUGGAGGUUACAUGCAGGAACCGUGCUGUCACUCAGAAACUGAUGUUAGAAAUAAUUGUCAGCAUACCUGUUCGUAUCAUUAUUUCAAGGAGUCAGUAAGAGGCAGUAUUUUUAGAGCACGAAAAUGUAGUGAUUUUCAAUCUUAUCUUUCUGGAAAAUGCAAAAGAAAUGAAUUGAGUUAUAUGGGAGAGAUGUGCACUCCGAACUCUCACGGCACAUUUUAUUUAGUUUCCAAAAACCCUAUAAAUUAUAAUGCUCUGUUGUAAGUAGCAAUUGUAAUAAAGAAUAUACCUCAAAC